AUGCCGGUAGUUACCAGAUCUCAAAGUCGUCUGUUGUCUUCUCAACAAGAUGCAAAGUCAAAUCUUCCUUCUAAACAAUCUACAACAAACAAGGACCCCUCUACUCCAGAUGACCCCCUUCCAAAUUCCCUUGAUUCUUCCAAGGCUCCUAAGCCAAAAGCUGUGAAGAAGCAACGUCGUCAGUCAAAACCUCCUCAGCCAAAAGGAGUGAAGAAGCAACCUCGUCAGUCAAAUUCUCGACGACCAAAGCUUCCUCGGCCAGAAUCUCGUAAACCAAAAGGAGUGAAGAAGCAACCUCGUCAGUCAAAUUCUCGACGACCAAAAAUAAUGCCCAGAAAACAUUCUGCAUCAUCUUCUCCGGGAAAAUCCACCCUUCAGCAAGCCUGUUUCAAUGCCAUUGAAAGGCUUAGGCUUUCAGAUUUAGUAAAUCUGCAUACACAGUUUCGGAAUGAUUGGUAUUCAGAAACAAUGUCUACAAUCUCCAUUGAUUCGGACAUAGCAAAAUUGAAACUCCACAAUGAGAUUCCUCGCUGUCUCCAUCAAAGCGCAGUUGAGACCGAGGAUUUGGAUGAGGACUUGGAUGAUGGUUUGGAUGACGGUUUAGAUGAGGAUUUGGAUGAGGACUUGGAUGAUGGUUUGGAUGACGGUUUGGAUGAGUAUGAUGAAGAGGGUAGUCAAAUUAGUGAAUUCAGUGUUUCAUUCCCGACCCGCUUCGAUAUCCAGCAUCGAAAUCUUGAAAGAUCUUUUCAAUAA